AUGACCGUCAAAACCAUCUACAUAGCAAGACAUGGAUAUAGAUCAAACUGGCUCCCUCAGGGACCGUAUCCGCCCCCUCCAACAGGAGUAGACAGUGAUGUUCCAUUGGCCGAGCAUGGUUUAAAACAGGCAAAAGAAUUGGCGCAUUACAUCAUGUCUAUCGAAAAUCAGCCAGAACUACUAUUCUCGUCCCCUUUCUAUCGUUGUUUGCAAACUUGUGAUCCUAUAGCCGAUCUUUUGGAGCUUCCGAUCUAUGUGGAACGUGGAAUUGGUGAAUGGUACAAACCGGAUCGAAAAGUGAUCCCGGAACCUGCCUCUUUUGCGAUCUUGAACAACUUCUUUCCCGACAAAUUGAGUCCCAGCUGGGACGCGACGGUAGUCCCCAGUGGGAAGGGCGAAACUGAACAAGACAUUUUCACUAGAUGUCGUGAAUUUUUGCCGAAAUUUUUAUCCCGGAUCGAAAAGGAGUUUCCUAACGUCGAAACCAUUCUGCUCAUGACACAUGCGGCGACGAAGAUCGCACUCGGGAUGAAUCUUUUGGGUUUUGACAACGCUCGUGAACCGAUCGAUGCAGAUGGAACUACUUUGAGGAGUGGAAGCUGCUCGCUAGACAAAUAUGAGUUGAUCACAGGCAACAGCAAGGUGCCCUUUGAGAGUAAGAAAUGGCAGCUGACAAUGAAUGGUAACACAGAGUUUCUGACCAAUGGCGAAGAAAUGCAUUGGGACUUUAAGUAUGGGUUUGAGGCCGGUUCGGAUGCCGAUAUCAAGGCCAGACGUGAAAUUGCCGAGAAACAAAAUGCGCAAAAGGCUACGACGGCAGCAGCUGAGUUGCCCAAUGCGUCUCCUUCGGUGGCAGAUUCAGAUAGUCUCGAACAUGUGUACUUUAGUGUUGAUAUUCCGGGCGAAAACUCCAAGGAAAGCGCGGAGAUUGAACCCAGUGCAGUUCUUCAAUAUUCUGGUCUGGAGACGACUGCUCCUCUAGUCAGAAUUGGCGAAAAAGUAUACGAAGGAAGCUGGCAGAAACUCGUAGGCACGGAGCUUGUUUUCCCAACGGCAGGAGCACCGGCAGCUGCUGCUACGCCACCGAAGACCGAUGGAUCAAAUGAUCUUGACGACGAUGAUGACGACAAUGAGAGUUUUACCAACGAGAACAUUGAAAGUUCGCCAGACAACACAGACUCCGACAAAGAAAAUGGGGCCAAGGCAGAGAAGAUCUACCGUAUUACAGAUAAGUUAGUUUUGGAGCAGGUACGGCCAAUUUGA